GGCUCGCGAAGCAGCAGAGUUUCAACUGACAACAUCGCAGGGGGGCAACUUCUCUUCACUCCAACAACACACAGCAGAAGUUAGAAGAUACCGACCGUACUACGCAUGCCUUUGUAAAGUCACCUCCUCGUCAUUUUCUUACUUCAAGGCAAUGUUUAUUUUGAAUUUGUCCAAUUUCUUUUGAGGCGACACAAGAAACGCGGCUUGAAGUCGCAGGCUUCUGGUUUUUUUGGAAUGCUUCCUCAGUUUGCGAGCAAAGAGCAGAGAGCGACGGUCCCAUCCGUCCAUUCACAUCUGAAGACAUGUUGUUCUGGACUCUGCCUGACUGGAAAGUACUGCUGCUGAUCGUGCUGCUAUGGGACUGCCUCUGUGCUUUGGGGCUCAAACCCACGAGAUGGCCACUGUACUCACAAAAGCCUCUGCUCCUUGCUUGGAACGCCCCGACUGAGGACUGUGCCCCGCGGCAUGGUAUUCGCUUUCAGCUGGACCUUUUCCAGAUUGUGGCCUCUCCCAAUGAGGGCUUUGUUCGGCAGAACCUCACCAUCUUCUACGGGGACCGCUUGGGCUUGUACCCCUACUUUACACCAGACAAAACGGCGAUGAACGGGGGGCUGCCGCAGGCGGCCAGUCUUACUAAGCACCUGGAGAAGAUGCCGGAGGGGGUGCAGAAGUACAUAAGGGAACCGGGGGCCAAGGGUCUGGCCGUUAUUGACUGGGAGGAGUGGCGCCCACUCUGGAUACGUAACUGGGAAACCAAAGAUGUGUACCGCCGACAUUCUCGUGAGUUGGUGCGUCAGAAGAACCCCACCUGGCCUCCGGAGAAGGUGGGGAAAGUGGCCCAGCAGGAGUUUGAGAUGUCUGCCAGGAAGUUCAUGCUGGAGACGCUGAGGUACGCCAAGAACCUGAGGCCCAACCAGCUGUGGGGUUUCUACCUGUUCCCCGACUGCUACAACCACGACUACAGGCGCACUCUGGAGAACUACACGGGCCGCUGUCCCGAUGUGGAGGUGGCCCGCAACGAGCAGCUGAAGUGGCUGUGGACUGAGAGCACGGCCCUCUUCCCCUCCAUCUACAUGGCCGCCGUGCUGCGUUCCUCAGACUCUGGACGUGAGUUUGUCCGGAACCGAGUGAAGGAGGGGAUGCGCCUGGCCUCAUCAGGCGAUGGGUUGGCACGUCCUGUCUUUGUGUACACCCGGCCCACUUACACCAACUCCCUGGAACAGCUGACAGAGACCGACCUCGUGUCCACCAUCGGGGAAAGCGUGGCUUUAGGAGCAGCUGGGAUCAUCAUGUGGGGAGAUGCAGCUUAUGCAAGCAGCAGAAACAGCUGCUCUGACCUGGAUUCGUAUCUGCGGGGUCCGCUGAGUCAAUACCUCCUCAACGUCUCCACGGCAGCAGAGCUAUGCAGCCAGACGCUGUGCGCUUCUCACGGCCGCUGUCUGCGCCAAAAUCCAGACAGCCAUGUUUACCUGCAUCUGCACCCUUUCAGCCACACUAUCGUCACGCAGCGCGGUAAGCCGGCGGUCGUCGGUGAGCUCGGCGAAGAAGAGAAGAGAAGCUUUCGAACCCAGUUUCAUUGCCAGUGCUACAGCGGCUAUCAGGGAGAGGGCUGCGAUCAGACAGACCCUCUGCACCAAAGAGGGGCGGCAUCUCAAAUCACGGCGUCGGCACUGCAAUGUGUCAUCUUACUGAUUGUCUCUCUGCUCCUCUGUUAACACACCAUGUAGAUAGGGCUGUGUUUUAUACGUCUAAAUACUGGAGCAUACGAGAUGAACACGUGAGGAGUGUCCUUUUUUUUCUUUUAAUUGCUGUAAAAUAUGGAUGACACAAAGUGAAAUUGUGAAAGAAACACUGUGGGAAUUGCAACGUUAUAUUUGUUUAAGAACUUUUAAUCUUUUUUUUUUUAAACAAUUGAGGGCUCGCUGGAAAUGACCUUGUUUACAUUUUGCUCUGUUUCCUCUCGGUCACUGUUUCCCAAGGUGUCAAAUUCCAUGUUUCUCAUAGAGAGGACAUUUGUUGGGAAUGUGAGGAACAAGUUAAUGUAUGUCAGCAGGUGUGUGGUGAAGGUGGAAUUGAUGCACUUAAGUCUGGUAAUAGCACAAUGAAUUUUAAGUGCCUGAUCUUUUUUCAACAUGACCUCUGACAUCUGAUGUUUUUCUGGAGGCAAUCACAGUAUUACUAUUUAUUUGAAUGUAUUUUUAGGUGUUUUGUAUGAUAUUUUCUUAUUUUUGUGUCCAAAUCAUGACUACUAGUUUUCUCUUAAAAAAGUACUUUCUGUAUUUCAGAAGCUAUUUUACAUCCGAAUCUAAAAAGCAAAUGCUGACACUUUGUAUGUUCCACAAUUUCACUUACAUGACCGCCUCUCUUUUUAUUAUGUUUUCUCAACUUUGACUUUUGUCCAAGUAAAUAAACUUUGUUAAUAUC